GGGUAGAGGCAUGGGAGGCCAGACCUUUUCGGCAAUUAUUCUCUGAUAUAUACUGUAUAUAUAUAAGUCAUCUCCUUCCCUUCACUAUCAUAUCCUCACAAACUGUCUUAGAUGUAUCUCUCUCGCCCACAUAUAAUUUAGAAGGGAUAUAAAUAAGAUUUUUCUGGCCCUCUCACUGUCACUUACAGUUGAACUCUUCCCAUAGAGAACUGCAGGCUAUAAGGAAGUUGAUCAGCAAGUUAAGUUAGCUUCACUUAGUAAAGAGAUGGAACAGAAGAAACCAAAUCAAGCACCAACUUCUCGAGACUCAAGAGGCUCACUAGAAGUAUUCAACCCAUCAACUUACAGCAAUCCGGCCACUAGAGCAAGCAGGCCCAUUCCCCACCCACUGUCCAUCCCUGCCACUCCAGAGCUUCCACCGCCGCAAUCAGUUGCCAAAUUUGAUGACCAGUCUGUCAGUACCUCAUGGAUGGCUCUCCCUACGCCGCCAGCUAAACAAUCCCUUGCAACUAUUAUCAAUGAUGGCAAGAAGUCUCCUGCGGUGGGUAAUGCUGGGGGAGAAGUGGGGGCUGCAGCACAAAGGGCAGCAGAGUGGGGAUUGGUCUUGAAGACUGAUGAAGAGACUGGUAAGCUGCAGGGAGUUAAAGUCAGAAACUCGGGUGGUGACACUGGUUCUGUAGGGGCGGCUGGUACUUCUAGGAGGACCUCGGGUAAUUCCAUGCGCGACUCUGAUGAUCUAUCAGAUGAUGGAGGUAAUAGAGGGAACAUACCAAGAGUGUCAGAGGACUUGAAGAAUGCCUUGUCAACAUUUCAACAGACUUUCGUGGUGUCGGAUGCAACAAAACCUGAUUUUCCAAUCCUCUAUGCCAGCGCUGGUUUCUUUAAAAUGACUGGUUACACUGCCAAAGAAGUUAUUGGUAGAAAUUGCCGAUUCAUGCAGGGUGCAGAUACUAAUGCAGAAGACGUGGGGAAAAUAAGGGAAGCUUUGCAGGAGGGGAAGAGUUACUGCGGAAGGCUACUGAAUUACAAGAAAGAUGGAACUCCGUUUUGGAACCUUCUCACUAUUUCCCCCAUCAAGGAUGAAGAUGGCAAUACCCUCAAAUUCAUCGGAAUGCAAGUGGAGGUGAGCAAGCAUACAGAGGGCGCCAAGGAGAACAGCCUUCGUCCUAAUGGACUUCCUGAAUCUUUGAUUCGAUAUGAUGCUAGGCAGAAAGAAAUGGCAACAAGUUCAGUGACUGAGCUGUUGCAAGCGGUGAAGAGGCCACGGGCACUGAGCGAAUCCACUAACAUACGUCCAGUGAUUACAAGAAAAUCUGCACCAGGCAGCGAUCAGGAGCGACUGGAUGCCCUUGGGAAGCGAACCACUGAAAACAUGGCGCCAAUUCAUCCCUCAAGGAGAAACUCUCAUACUGGUGUCAGAACUACAAUGCAGCAAAUCAAUGAAGUCCCAGACAAGAAAAUCAAGAAAACCACACGUCGUUCUUUCAUGGGGAUAAUAAAGAAGAACAGAGCUAGUACCGAUGAGUUUGGUACUGGUGGAUUUGAGGAGGACAGUGACGAUGAUGAUUAUCGUCCAGAGAGUUUGGAUAACAAAGCACGAAAGAAAGAAAUGAGAAAGGGUAUUGAUCUUGCCACCACCCUUGAACGUAUUGAGAAAAAUUUUGUCAUCACUGAUCCUAGGCUUCCUGACAACCCCAUUAUUUUCGCAUCUGAUAGCUUCUUGGAGUUGACAGAGUACAGUCGUGAAGAAAUCUUGGGGAGAAACUGCAGGUUUCUUCAGGGACCAGAAACUGAUCCAGCCACUGUGAGAAAAAUCAGGGAUGCAAUUGAUAACCAUAAGGAUGUUACUGUUCAACUUAUUAACUAUACUAAAACUGGCAAGAAAUUCUGGAAUUUGUUUCAUCUGCAGCCUAUGCGUGACCAAAAGGGAGAGGUUCAGUAUUUCAUUGGGGUACAACUAGAUGGAAGUAAACAUGUUGAGCCACUUCAGAACAGUAUUCCUGAGGCUACUGUGAAAGAGAAUAUUAACCUGGUAAAAGAAACUGCCGAAAAUGUUGACGAAGCAGUGAGAGAGCUCCCGGAUGCUAAUUCUACGCCAGAAGAUUUAUGGAAAAAUCAUUCCAAGGUGGUUCAGCCAAAGCCUCAUAGAAAGGACAGUGCGUCAUGGCAAGCUAUUCAAAAGAUCCUCAAUAGCGGUGAACAGCUAGGCUUAAAGCAUUUCAAGCCAGUAAAGCCAUUAGGGUCUGGAGAUACCGGCAGUGUGCAUUUGGUGGAACUGUGUGAUAGUGGUGAAUACUUCGCGAUGAAAGCAAUGGACAAAGGAAUUAUGCUCAAUCGGAACAAGGUCCAUAGAGCUUGUGCAGAAAGAGAGAUAUUGGAUAUGCUAGAUCACCCUUUCCUUCCUGCAUUAUAUGCUUCAUUUCAGACUAGUACACAUAUUUGUUUGAUUACUGAUUAUUGCCCCGGAGGUGAGCUAUUUGUACUUUUGGACAGACAACCAACUAAGGUCAUCAGUGAAGAUGCUGUAAGGUUCUUCGCAGCUGAAGUUGUUGUAGCAUUGGAGUACCUUCACUGUCAAGGUAUUAUUUACAGGGAUUUAAAGCCUGAAAAUAUUUUGAUCCAAAGCAGUGGUCAUGUGGCUUUAACAGAUUUUGAUUUGUCCUGCUUAACAUCCUGCAAGCCACAGCUUCUGAUUCCAGAUAUAAACAAUAAAAGUAAGCAUAAAAAAGGUCCAAUUUUUAUGGCGGAGCCAAUGAGAGCAUCAAACUCUUUCGUCGGAACAGAAGAGUACAUAGCUCCUGAAAUCAUAUCAGGUGCAGGCCAUACUAGUGCAGUGGACUGGUGGGCUCUUGGAAUCCUUUUGUAUGAAAUGUUGUAUGGAUAUACACCAUUUAGGGGAAAGACAAGGCAAAGGACAUUUGCCAACAUCCUGCAUAAGGAUCUUAAGUUUCCAGGAAGUAAAGCGGUGAGUCUCUCAGCAAAGCAGCUCAUUUAUCGAUUGUUACAUAGAGAUCCGAAGAAUAGAUUGGGAUCUCGUGAAGGUGCUAAUGAAAUCAAACAGCAUCCAUUCUUCCGGGGGAUCAACUGGGCUCUAGUCCGUUGUGAGAAUCCUCCAAAGCUUGAUGCUCCUCUCUUUGGAACAGAAGAUGAAAACGAAGUUACAGAAGUCGACCCCGGGCUACAAGAUUUACAGACAAAUGUGUUCUAAAAUACUUCUCCAGAGUCAUGCGUGUUUCUUGCAAGUUCAUCAUCUGCUUCUUUCCGAAGAGAUCAAAUUUUAUCUAUGUUUCAUAUUCAUAUAUUCCUUUAAAGCUGGCCUUUCCCUAAACAAUUUCAAGAAGUUGGAUGCUCUUAAUCUUUUUUGCCUUUUGUGUUGUGUAAUCAUGUAUCCUGUCCUAUAAAUAGGAAAGGAACAAAACAUGUUGUUUAUUUGUUCAUUAUUUGAUAUUUUUUAAGUUCAAAAUAAAUUGAUUUUUUUCA